AGGACUCCUCUUUGAGAGACUUUGAACCAUUCCUGUGAAGGUCCAAAGACAGUGAAGAAUCACGUUUCUAUUGACCGAUCGCGAUGUCUCACGAUACAAGCACUGAGCAGCGUGGAGAUUUCUGAUUUCAUAACUUCAAUCACUCGCGUGAAGCCUGUGAAAUUGGACUCCAACGACGAAUUUUGUUGCAAAUUGAGAUGAAAGACAUUCUUUUUCCUGCAUAAGCUGCCUCAAAUGCGCGUGCGUGCGUGCAUGAAAAAAUGAAAUUCUGAACGAUGGGAAACUCCCGUAGCGGGCUUGCUAGGCCCAAGUGCUUCGAUGCCGGCAUCAAACUACAGAAAGUCUCCAAAUGCGCGAAGUCCAUUAGCUGUCUCCCCGUGAAGGAGCUCACUUGCCGAGAGAGCUCCAGCAACUCCCAAGGGGCUCACCGACACCAUCGCAAGAGGUUAGCGAGAAUCGUUGCUGAUCAGUGGCUGUAUGUAGCACGAUAUAGAUUGAUUACGCUGAGGUUCCGCAGGCAGCAUGGAGAAAGACUCAAGAGGUUUUGCAUCGCAGGUUGGAAAACUUUCGUGGAAAGGAGGACGAUCAUGUCUCAAAUCUUGGAACGCGCUGGUGUGCUCCGUCGCUUCAUACUCGAAAGACGCAGCUUUCGCCUAUGGCAGACGGCAGCGCAGACACAGCAGCUAAUCCGCCAUGCGUUCCAACACACGACUGAGACAAUCCAGCGACGUGCAAGAAGGACGGCACUGACUGCACUUCAUGCAAAUUCGCGAGUGGGAAGAUUGAAACGCGAGCAGCAGCUGAGAGUGAAGGUGUUCUGGACGUUCCAGUUGUUGAGAAGGCAUCUACUGAAAUGGUAUCACUUCAUGCAUCAAAGGCGCUUUUUCAAGGCAUUGCAGCAAAGAGCCGAUCAGAUUUGGAAAGACCACCGACUCAGGUCGACACUGCGAGCGUGGAAGCAAGUUCUUACACUUUGGGAGCUGGACAACCCAGUUCUCGUCGUCCGGACGUUAACCAAAUGGUUCUGGCGCUGGAACUGGUUGGUGUCUCAGAAAAAGGGAAAGAUCAACGAUCCAAGGGAGAAGAAACUGAUUCUUGCACAGAGGCACUAUGAAAGAAAGAUGCUGAGAGCAGUUUAUGAUCGAUGGGAAAGGGCCCGGUUCAGCAGCGCUCUUGCCAGAGAACUCGCCCAGCACAGUCUUGAAGCAUCUCACACGGAGCUUGCUGUGUCUUGGUUCGUAAAAGCAUUGGUCAAAAGAUUUCUACUUUCCUGGAAAGAGCAAGCGGCCGUGCAGAGAAUCUCCAGAAGGAAUCACUGGCAUGCUGUCGUGCACUUCAAGAUGCAGAGUGUAGCUAAAGGGCUCCGAGGUCUUCGAGAGAAUGUGGAGCUGGAAUACUUCAAGGAGUCCUUACAAAGGCUGUCGAUAAAAAGCUAUCAGGAGAGUCUGAAGAGGAAGGCUGUCACUGGAUGUAAGCUCCUCCAUCAAAGCAAACGCCUGAAAUCGGCUCAGCUUGAGCAUGCGACGGCCCAGUGGAAAACGGCCAAGUUGCAGGAGCGUUUUGACAAAUGGUACUUCGCUACUGCCCUUAGGUCUAUGAAGAAAAAUCAGCUCCUAAAGUCAGUCAAUUUUUCCUGCAGACAGUUAUGUCUACGUGGGUUUCGAGCUUGGCGUGAGGUCAGGAAUCUAAGCAUAAAGGUGAAAAGCUUGAAAGAGGCUCGCUUGAUUAGGUUGAGAGAAAGCCUCGGUAAGUUGAAAAAGAUGCAUGUCUUGAGGGCAUGGAAGUCUCUUCGGAAAGUGAUGAACAUUUCGAGAUUCAAUGAGGCUCGGGCAAUUCAGUUUUUUCUUGGAUUCAAGGCAGCGGCAGUAGUCAAAGCCUUACAUGUUCACAUGCAGGAGCAGAAGCUGAAACGUUCACUUCUUGCAAAAGCAACACAGUUUCAGGAAACCAAGUGUUUACAGAGGGCAGUAAGCACCUGGAAUGAGUAUGUGUUUUUGAGGCAAUUGGGCCGCCUUGCUGCCGAUCACAGGAGACGCAGGCAGCUGAAACAUUCCCUACACAUCUUAGCGCAGUGGAAAGACCCACAACCUGAAUUCAAAAAAACUCAACAACAACAGCAAUUCGAAAAGACACAACAAGACAACACACUACGAGAAUCCCUCAAUAUGUACAGAAGGCUUCGUGACCUCGAGAACCCGCAAAGAAUAGCACAGCCAGAUUCUCCAUUCAUGAGGGCCGUCUCAAGUUCAAGGGCUCAACCACGUCGGCCUGCAUUUCUCUAUGAUGACGUUGAUCAAACAAGGACACCUGUGCUGGUGCCCAAAGGAGGAAAUGAAAGAAAUAACUCCGGAAACGAAUCGUCUAAAUAUCUCAGUCUGGUGGCCAGAGAGGUUGAAUGGAUGGAGCAGAUUCUGUUGGACUACGAGGACAUAAAAGUCCAGAUAGUCAAACUGCGUGCAGAACUGGCAGUUCUACUUGAGACGAGAACAUCCGGUGACGUCAACAAUUUUGAUUCAAAAGAAAAGAUCAAGAUGAUGCAAAAUCCGAAAAUUCUCUUACUACAACAGGAAAUUCAUUCCUUGGAAGCCAAAAAGAUGGUGCAGAUGCCCUUGAUCCAGGCUGUCUUGUCACGAGUUCAGGAUCUUCGGACCAAAAGAGCUCCUAAAUGAAAUCAUAUUAUCAGAUCCUGAGGCAUCAGGGAUCAUUUGAGAUGAUUUUUCUCGAACGGGUUUAUAAACUAACACUUAUGUACAGAUCCUCCAUAAAUAAAUCCUUCAGAAGUUAGCUAUUGCUGCUGUCUAGGAUACAUGUAUCGCUGUCAUUAUUGUAAAAGUAAAAUGAUUACUCCCACGUCCGGAAGAAGGAACU